AUGAGGUUUGUGGAAUCUGGAAAAUUGAAGCUUUGGAGAAGAAAGGAGCUACUGGGAAUUCAGAUGGUUAAUGGAUGUGGAAUUCUGCGUUUUUGGAGUGUUGGAGGAGAGGAAGCUGCUGGGUUAAUUUCAGUUGAAACUGGAAAAGUUAUCGGGUUAAGGCGAGUACCCAUAAGCUGUGCUGUUCGUUUCCGACCCUGUAUUGAUAUACACAAGGGGCAAGUAAAACAGAUUGUUGGGUCGACGCUUUUGGAUUGGAAGGAAUAUGGGCCGGCUCUGGUUACCAAUUUCGAGUCGGAUAAGUCGGUGGGGGAGUAUGCAAAGAUGUAUAAGGAAGAUGGGCUUACAGGUGGCCAUGUGAUAAUGUUGGGGGCAGAUCCUUUGAGUAGAGCUGCGGCCAUUGAAGCUCUGCAUGCCUAUCCUGGUGGUUUGCAGGUAGGAGGUGGGAUCAAUUCAGAUAAUUCUUUGCAAUACAUAGAAGAAGGGGCUAGCCACGUCAUUGUCACUUCUUAUGUAUUUAAUAAUGGGCAAAUGGACCUUGAAAGGCUUAAAGAUCUUGUUUGUGUUGUUGGAAAAGAAUGGCUUGUUUUAGACCUUAGUUGUAGAAAGAGGGAAGGUAAAUAUGCAAUUAUCACAGAUAGAUGGCAAAAGUUUAGUGACAUGUAUCUUGACAAGGAAAUAUUAGACUUCCUUGCCAAGUAUGCAGACGAGUUUCUGGUACAUGGUGUCGAUGUGGAAGGGAAAAAGUAAGUCAUUUUUAUUGCCAUACA